AUGUCAUUCACACCACCGACCCCCACUGGCCUAAUGGAGUUCACCUUCGAAUCGUUGAGCUGCCCUGGAUGCCACACGACUUACUCCACACAGCUGGAAAGCUCCAAUUUCCCGCUGAUGCUCAACUGCGGUUUCCCGAUCUGCUCGUUCUGCUGCGAGCACAAUCAAGCCGCCUCGGCAGAAGCCCAACUGCAAAAGCACACGCCGCUUUGCGCCGACUGGGCUGAGUGCAGUUUGAAUGUUCAUCCUGCAGAUAUUGUUCUAGACCUUCUCGCCGACAUGACAGAGUUCACGAUCUCUACGUCGCACCUGCGGAAGCCCACACCCACCGAUCUCGCCUCACUUGCGUGCCCCGACUGCCAAAAUACAUAUGAUGGCGACUCGCUCGGUCCCUCGCGCCCUUUUAUUUUGGACUGUGGUCACGCGGCUUGCGGAGAUUGCCUCUCGAAAAGAAAGUACCAGCGACAGAAAAAGGAAUACCCGUUCUUCGUCUAUGAAUACAAAUGCACCCGGUGCAAGGUAUCAAGUCUGGUGACCGGACGCGUCAAGUCGCAGCAACAAAAUUUUGUCACUGAUUUUCUGACGGAAUUCGACCCACCAUCCCGCUGCAGCUCAAGGCACAGCACAAACACCGCCUCUAGCUCAGAGGCUUCGCAUCUGCAAAAUCACGCGAAGGGCAACGACUACGAUUACGCUGAAUUCGGCAAUGAAAGUGGCCGCGAAAUCGUCGAAGUCAAGCGGGAGAACAGUCGUCUCAAAACCGAACGUCGCAGGAUCCGUCAGGAACGGCAGAUGAUCGCCGAGGAUUACAGGAUGCUGCGUGAAGAGCGGCAGGUGCUUGAGCACGAGCGUCGUUGGAUGCAAGAGCAGAGGGCUCGCGCCGAGGGAGAACGCAAUAUGCUCUCCGAAAUGCAGCGUCAACAUACCAGCCAGCAGGAGAAAUUGAAUCAACUGAUUUUGGAACAACACGGAUUAAUCGAAGAACGUCUGCGCGCGCUGGACCUAAAGAAGAGAAAGCUGCGUGAGCAGGAAGCGAUCGUUGUGGAGCUGGACCGAGUGUCUUCAGCCAGAUCCGAUGACAGCUUGAAUUGCGCGCUGAUGGAACACUUGCCCGACAGUCCACCCAUCGGUUUGCCGCUCGAGUUGUGGACGAACCUCGAUGUAGCUGCAUGGGCGCGCGGCGAGACCGAGAACGACCUCGUUGUCUCCAUCCUCAUCAGGGAGCGCAUCUCGGGCGCCGUGCUCGCUGGCCUCACUUUUGAUGAGCUCAGGAAGGAACUGAAACUUCCGCUGGGUGAUGCGAAACAACUUGAGAAGGGAAUCGUCAGGCUCAAGGAUCAGGACCUGGCCGCGACCGAACCCGGUGGCCUGAGGGAACGUUUCUCGAAGUUCCGGCGCAGCCUUCGCCCCACGCUUCGUCGCAAGAAGUCUUCUCAUUCGACAAACUCGACAAAUGUUGUUUCCCCUGAUAAU